UUCGGCAAGCGAAGCAUGGACGGUAGGGGCUUCGAUGUUGAAGUCGGAGCGAACAAUGUCCCGCAAGGAUGGUAUGGUUUUCAGUAUAGCCGUCUUCCCUUCCACGAUAAAGUUCUUAAAAGCUGCUUCUCUACUUUCGGGCGCAGAUGUGUCCACUGGCAUUCGUCCGAGGGGGGAUCUAGGAACGCAAACAUCAUACAAUUCCGAACCGCCUUGCCGCAUAGAGCGCGUCAAAGUCGCAGACAAAUCCUCGCAAACCCUGAAACCAAAUUUCAAUCUGGAGAUGGAGAAGGACUCUAUGAUCAUCGCGCAGAACACUCAGAUCAAGGCAUUGAGAGUGAAAGUCGCGGAAGCGACGACGCAUAUCACAAAACUCCAACGGUCGAACGAACGAAUCAGAUCAGAUUUAUCGGCAGCCCAGAGGGAUUUGGAAGUGUUGCACACCGCACAUACGAUCACUACGGAGCAAUUGCAGGGGGCCAAUGGCGAGAACGAUCGCUUGACCGAUGUUCUUCGGGAUCAUGAAGACAAAAGCCGAGAGUAUGAAGAAGAAAUUCUCCGACUACACAAGGCUGAGCGAGAUCACCAAGCGAAGUAUGCCGCUUUGGAAGCGAAAUAUGCACAGAGCAAAGCCAUCCACGAUCAAGUCAAUGCCACCGCCGAGAAGAAUGUGGAAUACCUGAAGUCUCUCUUGACAAAGGUUUUCGAUAGCCCUAUCAGCACUGAACAGGAUCGCGAGAACGGAACCUCGGGGCAUUCGGAUAGGGGUGAGUCUCAAGGAGAACCUCGCCAGACCGAUCCGAAGUCAGGAUGCAGACAUCUGGCUUCGGUCGAAGUAGACCGAUUCCAAACCCGCGUCAAGGAGCUCCUGGACACUGUCAGACGAUUGGAGGAGACUGCCAGGCGAUUGGAGUACGAAAAAGAGACAAUCGAGGAGCGCGAAAAUGAAAAGCUUCAAAAAAUGGAUCAGUCUCUGAGAUUGGAGAUGAUUGCGCAUGAUAGGACCAAAUCGCAAAUGCAAACUACAAGAGAAGCUUUGAAAACUUUCAAGGCUCAACUGGUUCAAGCUAAUGGAUCCAUCGAUACACUUACAGCUUCGAACAAAACACUGGAGUCUUCGUACCAGAACCUGCAACGGGUACACACGCAACGCAAAAACUAUGCGUCGUCCCUGCAACGGCAAAUCGAGGAUCUUCAAACUCGACUCAAAAAGAUCUCAGCGACUCACGAAGAAGAGAUGGCUAAAACAGUCCGGCAGCUCAACCAGAAAUGGCGAGUGGACAUGAAGCGCCAGAAAGAAGCGCUGGAGUACAAACUUCUGAAGGUUGAUGAAAAGCCGAAACCCAUUGUGCCGGAGGUUGAAGAUCUAGAUGCGGACUUCAAACCGCGAGUGACGAAGAAGCCGGUGACUGAUAGGUCGACUCAAAUUAUCAACGCAUUUGAGCGUGCAAUCAAGACCUGGGUGUGGGCGAAGGUGGAGGGACAUCCGAUACGGCCUGAAUCGAUUACCCCUGGGCGGCCGCGAAUUCCGCCCGUGCCGAUGCAUUUUCAGCAGCCAGAAGAAGAUCCGCAGAUGUUGGAACGGUUGGAUCAGAUAUCUAGAACGAUCUUAAACAUUGACUACCAUUCGAUUCUAUCGCCACCACCAUCUCCCUCCGGAAUCGGAGGCCCGUGGGAUCCAUCACGGGCGGCAGAUGACGAAGCUAUCGUGCAUACGCAUAGGUUUCGAAAGUGUCUGGAGAGGCCAGUGUUUGAGGAUGAUCUUGUGGAAUACUUUUGCGACCUAUGGGUUCAACUGCACAAUCGAGGACGGUGAUAGUCCAUCCACGGCUUGUUUUGGGGAGACUUGGCUGUGACAGGCGUCGAUCGGCGGCCUCUGUUGCUUUUAGAGGACACUGUAUGGUAUGAAUCGCGAAUCUUCUCAAACAUUAAUGGCGCGAGGAACUUGAACGGGGAAGUUGAACCCCUGUACAUACAUGCAAUAUGCGGAAAACAUAAGCACAGCUCUAUAGACGUGGUGUAUAUGUACUGUACAGUAUAUCCGCUUGAGCAGCUCUCAUCAAGUCCGUCACGUCGGAGUUUCUCGAGGUCGAACAGAGGACGGAGGAUCGGACGGCGCAGCUAACACAAGA